CGCUGAUUGAUAGCAGUCCUAUAGCCCCAUCCCCCGAACGAAGUGCGAGCGGCGAAUGUGCUCCGCACGCGACUGCGCACUAGUGCGCACCAGUGACCAGACACCACUGGCCCCGAAGGAGAUCCCACGUCCAGAACACCAGAGUACUCUCCAGAGGAUCCUGGGCCCCCGGACGUCUAAACUCUAAACUGGUGUUGAAAGAUGACGUCUGACAAGUGAAGGAUCUAACCUCCCUCGUUUUGUAUAUUUACACUGCAUUUUUAUCGCGGUGCGACCUGGUGCGACCAUCUCCCUAGGAGGCUACCAUGGACGACGAUGCGGCCGCGCUGCAGAAUCUCGAACAGCUCAUGACAGAGUUCUUCUGCCCGGAGACGACGAACGAGAGGAAGCGCACGAUCGAGCGCAGCUUCCAGGAGUUCGCCGGGCAGAUCGAUUCCUGGAAGCCGUGUCUGCAUUUCUUGUCCUCCACGAGCAACCACUACGUCAGUAUGUUCGCUCUGUCCACUCUGGAGACGACCAUCGGCAGGAGGUGGCCCAUCCUCCCGUGGGAAGACAGGGCUCUCACAAGAUCCACCUUGUACACCCUGUCGCUAGAGAGGGACGUCGCAUCCUUUGUGAGGAACAAAGUAGUGAAACUGGUAGUGGACAUAGCGAGACACGACUGGCCGCAUUUCUAUCCGGAUUUUUACUCUAAUAUUUUACAGCUGUUGGGCCACAAACACACAAGACUGCUGGGACUUGUAUAUUUGAGAACAGCUUCGGAGGAACUAGCCACGCCGAGAGAGGAUUUACCAAUGCACAGGAAAAGCGAGCUAUUCAGGCUGUUAAGUGCACAAGUGCCUCUGACUUUGGAUACACUUACAGUUCUUCUGAAAGAAACUACAAACGUGCAAAGCCGUUCUGGGACCGUGACACCACCUCCGUCACCUACCAGCGGACAAAGUCUUGCACCUGCGCGAGCGGUGCUGGACGUCGAGGGAUUAGCAACGGGAACGAGUGAAGUUUGCACAGCUACUCUUGAAGUUCUGGCGCACCUGUUUAGUUGGAUAGACGUGUCGGGCAGUAUCUCCAGUAACUUGAUAGAUGCCAUUUUUACAUGUGCCAAAUACCACGAUGCGAUGAAUGGCAAGCAAAUUGAGAUGGCCGUUCAAGCUUUGACUACAAUCCAUGAACUUUUAUACAGACCAUUCUCACCCGACGAGACUGAUACAUUGUUACUGGAGAUAUUUCAGAAUGGCGUUGGUUUAUUCCAGUUAAUGGAACGUCUGGACUCGGUAGAGGAGAGCUACAUGGAAAAAAUGACCGAGUUUUUGCAAUUGUUUAUAACGAAUCACAUGAAAAAGAUGGAGUCAAGCUCAAAGUUUCCAGUAAAUACAUUAUUGGAAGUACUGUGCCAUCAUACAUUCCAGCAAGCUUCUACUGUAAACGGAUAUCUGCGUUGUCUAGAUGUUUGGACCACUCUUUUGGAGAGCACUCAGUCGCGAUACUCUGCCGUCGCCUUAGCUCUCGCCGAGCGGAUCUUACAAAAAAUGAGUUUUAAAUUGAACGCUCGGGUAUUGAGAGAUCUCGACACGGAAAAUUUGGACGAGAAUGAAGAAACAGAAUGGCAACAUUUUCUAAGGUGCAAUAUAGAAUGUUUGGCAAAGAUUGCUGACAUUUCACCUAUCCCGAUAUUUACGUUAUUGUACCGUUCGUGGAGAGAAGGAUUAAUCGUUUUUGGUGAAUUAGGCGCGGCAGUCGCUAAUGGCCGAGUUAUUUUAUUAAAUGAUGCAGAGGCAUCAAAUGUGCAUGCACAUCUGAGAGAUCUAGCAUCGAUUACGCAAGCUUUAACCAGGCUAUAUUCCCUUUUCAUCGGAGAUCAAGCAAACAUCGAUCAAGGUUUAGCCGAAGAAGUUGUGUCACAAACUCUAGAGGCGUGUAUGUUUGCGAGAGAUAAUCAGCUGUAUAAAGCAGCGAUACAACCAGCCGCUAUCGUAAUAGAUCUCAUAGAAGUACAUUCACAGCUUUUGGCUUCUCUUCAAGCAUGGUGUCAUUGGAUAGCCAGAAGACCGAAGGCUAAGGAAACGCUCUGUCAGCGUUGCAUCGAUUCGUGUCUUUGGGCAACGACGUAUACCGCGUCCUGCGACCAUCCGCCUCCUCCAAAUCUCAUCCACUCUGCCAUUCAUCUUUUUCAAAGUAUCACCGCCAUUUUAAAGCCCAUCUUAUGGGACCAACCGACUUUCAGGAAUCUAAUUUCUAUGGGCACGUAUCCGUACUUGAAAUCAGAUACGAUUAAAGUUCUACGUAGAGCAUUGAUAAACGGGAUUAUAUUACCACCUGGUGAUGCAGCAACGAGGCAAAGGUUGUUGGAUACUAUGAUAUUAGCUCUGUCAGCACCUCUGGGUAUGCAAGGACAACCAGUGCCUUCAGAAUCGACAAUUUCGAUGACGAUAAUGCCACUGACUCAGCUACUAGAAGAUUGCGCGUCAUCAUCUACGACUAUAAAGAAGAUGUUGCACUCGUGUCUCGAAUCAAUCAUAAACAGGACAUUAGAAUUAUUGUCUUGUGUGAUAAGGUGCCAGAGUAUAUGCGAAUUGUUACUUAGCUUCCUACAUUCGGCAUUUUCAGUAUUACAACAACAACUGGGCUCCGAAUUUAUGCAAAACGCAGUUCAAGGCAUGCUGCAACUUUAUACCAGGGAAAAUAUUUCUGCUGGUCCAGCGUUGGAUCAGUUAUUGGAAAUUUUGAUACUUGUCGUAUCAGCACCCAGCAAUGCAUUUAAAGCGUUUGUUCCCUCGAUAACGAAUCUAUGUUUGGGUCAAGUAUGGCCUGCUGUUGGAAGCAACCCAAGUGCUCAUCCGGAUACGACGUUAGUUUUACUAAAGCUCUUUCACAGUAUUCUUAUGCAUCGGUGGCAAUAUUUCUAUAAGGCCUCGGUACUACUGACUCUUGUAUUUCCUGACGACGAACCUGAGCACAAAGAAGAAUUAGUAGCAAUUUUAGAGGCUUUUGGUCAAGCUCUACUUCAGUCAGACGUCAAUAUAUUCCGACAGAGCUUGCAGAGUCUCGAACAAUUAAAUAUCAGAUGGCGACUUUAUCAACGACCCGUAUUCAAAGUUCAUCUUCUCGAGAGAUUUCUAAUGGCGUUGUUCACAGUUUUAUUUCAACAGUCCCACAACUUGUUGGCAGAUGAAAUAGCUGCGGCUAUUCAUAGUCUAGCAUCUGUUAAUAUAGGUUGGUUUUUUAACCACUUUUUGCCAACAUUUUUGGCAACUUGCGAAGGCGUAGACGAUAUGCAAAGAGCCACUUUGCUAGGAAACUUUGAUAAAUCCACGGAUCAACCUACUUUGACCAGAUCAGUGCUCCAGCUCAUUUCAGAUUUAAGGUGUUACCAGCUGUGUAGACCGGGUUGAAGCAUGAAUUGUAAUUUGAGAGGGAAUUCACGAUGAAAUUAUUCCAUAAGACUUUUGUGGCAUUUAAAUAAAAUUAACAUUUCCAUCGAAUCUCUCCCGAGUGCCUCUAGAUAGAUACAGAUACAUGAGAUACAAGAGACAUUAACUGUAACGAAAAAAGACAAACCUUUUGUAAACAUUUACCAUUCUGUGUAUACCACUGCCGCACCAUCCUCUUGUGAUGUUGUAAAUGUUAUUAUUGCGAAUAAAACGCCUUUUUUUAUAUGUCUA